GUAGAGGUGGCUGUGCGCGACGGUAGUCACUGUCAGUUGGUGCAUACAUGCAGUCUGAGACGGAUCAGGUGCUUUUUCAAAGGGACAUUAUUUCUUCCCAAGUGUUCACUUCCAAUCAAUUUAAAUCUUGGACUUCUUUGAUGAGAAGUUAAUGUCAAGUUUUAUAUUUUUAUGUGAUGAUUGCUUAAUACAUGUGUUUAAUGUCAUUUUAAAAACACGUAAUAGCUAAAAAUAUUUUUUGAUAACAAGGAAAACACAUACCUACAGGUCGCGGUUUGAGUAUUAUAUUCGAUCGUUUCAUUGCGGCCAGCGAAUACAUUCGUACCACGUAGAGGAGUGGCCCUGGUGAGACUCAAGGACAUCUCUGGCAUAUUAUAUUUUUUGUGUAAAUUCAGAAUUGAAACUGAUAAGACCCCGUUUCACCGGAUACCACGAGGAAAAGCCGGCGAAAAACCGCAACUUCAGUUUACGGAUUGAAAAGUUGGAUAGAAAAUGAUAAGCAUAAAUUGCGGAAAAGGGUCUUCAUUCAGAACUAAGGAAAAAGAGAAAACAAUUUCAUCACGAAUAACUUGUUCUAUUGUCCAGCUUAUUUGAAUAUUGCCAUGUAGUAAUGAAUGAAAAAUCCACGAUGAUCCGCUUAGCACUUGAAUCAAAUCCAAAUAAAGUCUGAAUAUUCACGCAGAGAGAUCGAAUCUCUAACAAAAAAGACUGAACACAUUUGUGAGAAAACUAUAAUCGAGAUGAAGACAAUGGGCGAUGUUGUGGCUGUUCCAGCGGAUGAGGACUUAACCGCAGACUCCAAUGAUUACAGCUCUGGAGGUAAAGAGUUGGGCAACAGGACCCUUAGAUCUUUGAAAAGGGGACUUGGAAAAUUAUGGAAAAGACACCGGGGAAACGCCUCGAUAACUGAAUACGAUCCUUCCUACAAGGUCGCAUAUCUUGGAAACGUCCUCACAGGAUGGGCUAAGGGCGAGGGCUGUGUUGAGAAGCCAGUAUCAACCUUGUGGCGUAAUUACGUGAGCAGCAAUAGGCCGGACGUGACGAUGAGACUGACGGUGACGAACGGGGGAUUGACGGCCACAACCAAGGAUCACGGCCUCACCGAAUACUGGGCGCAUCGUGUUACAUACUGCACAGCACCCGUCUCCCAUCCACGUUUAUUUGUCUGGGUUUAUCGACACGAGGGUCGGAGACUCAGGCCUGAAUUGAGAUGUCACGCUGCUCUCUGCUCAAAGGAAUCUACCGCAAGAAGACUUGCCUCGACCUUGAAUGCCAGAUUACAACAGGCGUUACUUGAAUUCCGUAGGGACAAGGUUUCAAGGCAAAAUGCCAGACUCUCUCUGGCAAAUGCAGUCUACGAGAAUCCCUCCCUUCCGCGAAGGAAAAUAUUGCUCAGUACGGGGGGACAGAAUUACAGACCACCUUUGGAAAGAUCAAAGAGUGCACCAAAAUUAUCAGCAAUUGAGGAGGAUGCUGUCGCUGAGGAAAUUGAACAGAAACGUCUGCUCGAAGAACUGAGGUCACUCGAGAAUGUAGCGCGAAGUUGGCAGGAUCAGGAUGGGUGGAGAUUGGCCCGUCUCGUUGAUGCAUUGAAUCGUGCCGGCGCCUCGAGCGAAUACUUGGACGAGAAUGGAAGUAUAUCGAGCGGAUGUGAAACAGCAAGUACAUCAAACAGUGAGGAAAGAGCAUCCGGGGGGGAUGAUAAUCAAUCAAUAGUUGAGAAUGAUUCACGAAAUAGUAGAAGAGUACUAUUCGCGGGUGACGUUGUCAGGCCCACCUCCGGCGUAGGACUUAGAAGAAAUUCCGAGGGUUCGCCGAAUUUCGUAACCUGCAACGGAAGUCCACGAUUUCAUUAUAUGAGAGGGACAAGAAAACGAUAUUCAACUUGCAGUAGUGAAAUCGAUGAAACAGAGGAAGAAAUUGAUGAAGAAAUUGAAUCUUCACAUGUAUUCGACUUUGAGGAUGCAGAGGUGUUUGACGAGGUCGUUGACUACCGACCUCGUGGUGAAAGUCCACCCAGAAUAGAGAAUCUAGGGAGAAGACGGAUAGACGUGAAAGGUGAAAAAUAUCCAACGAGAAUCGACCAAGUAGACGAGUUAGUGCAGAGCGAGGAACCCUUCCUCAGGCUUGAUUCGCUAGACGAAGAGGAGGCAGAUAGUGACGAGAGUGGAUACGUUGAGGCACCACCAAAUUCAUUGCUCGCACGAGGAGAAGCGAAGAAACAACAUUCCUCGUGUCAUAUGAGCGAAGAAACCAAUGAUGCACCUUUGAAACUCAAUCAAGAAUCUCUAGAAGCCACCAAGCAGGAUGGAAAGGACAAAGCUCAAGAGUCUGAUGAUAUUAAUCUCCAGAAAUGUUUCAAGGACCGUGAGAAAGUGGAUUUUAUCAAGUGUCCUAUAUCAGAAACCAUAAAAAAACUUGCUAAUGCAUCACUAAAGAGCUCAAAGUCCCUUGAAAUAUCAACAAAUUCAUGUUUAAAAGCUCUGAAUACCCUCAAGUCCAAGUCAUUUGAUGAUACGAGAGCAACGGGCGUUGAUUAUGAUGGUGAGUCACCGAGUCUACAUCAGAGGAAACAGUUGCUCGCUCAACAGGGAGUUCGAGUGUAAUUUUUUAUAUAGUUGAUCGAUUAGAUCAGAUGAAUUUGUUGACGAAAUUUUAGCCUUUAAUACCUGUUAUACUUCGAAUAUCUUCCUGGAAGAUUAACCUUGAGGAGAGCCCACUAGUCCGCUUCGAUGUCUGUUUGUCGACUCGGUAAAAUUAAAUUCUUCUUUUCAGAUUCGAUGUACAGUGAGAAAACAAUGAUUUUUUUUAGGAAUAUGUCUUUACUUCUGCCAAGGAAUCAAUUGCUUGAAAAUUACGAGGCCUUCAAUAUCUUGUAUUGAGGAAAAAAAUAGUUCACCUCAAAAAACCGAUCCUUUAAGUCAAUUCAUCUGGGGUUUCAAUUAAAACUUAUUUUGUAUUAUUGCUAAACAAAGUUAUUAAUUAGAGUAGACGGAAAAUUGGGGCUCCUUAGCAUUUUAGUAAAGACGUGCUUCUCGAAAAAUUUUGUUAUUCGUAGUCUAGAAGGAUCAAUAUGCAUUGAUAUCGUUUGAUAUGGAAAUUCAUCAAUAUCAGUGUUAAUAUGUGUAUUUGGGUAGAAGAGAGACAUUAAUUUCCGAUGCAUAUAAAGCAUAUAAAGCCAAAGCUUUUGGCAACUAUAUAUAUUUAUCGGUAAAAAAAAUAUAAUAUUUUUCUGUUUACAAUUGAUGGAAAAGGGGGAAUUUGUGAUUCUAUUUAAAUAAAAAAAAAUCAGUCUAGAUGUGUAAUGUAGACAACCAUGUGUACGAUAUACAUUAGGAAAUCUGAAUUCUACAAAAAAAAAAUAUAAAUAUGCAUUAUUCUCUCAUUGAAAAUGGUGUUGUAUUAUCAUAAUAGAUAGUUGCUAGUUUGUCGAACCAUUUUAUGAACGCACUCUCCUCUCUGUGACUCUGUAAAAUUGAUUUAUCCACUUCAAUUAUGGAAUUGAGCAAUAGACAAUUGGUUUCCUUCACGGAAUAAGUCAUCAUACAAAUUAUUCGUCGGGAAAUUAUAAAAUCUGUGAAAUAAUCUCCAACCGUGCACAUUGAAUUGCCAUUUCUUGUUGAGGAUGAUAAUCAAUAUUUAAAAUAUUCAUAAUGAUAAGUUGAUCGAUUGUUGAAAUUUAAUGGAAAGAUUUUUAUGGCUUUGAGAGAAAAUUUCGCGAAACAAGUUGAAUGGAUUCUCCCAGAUUGAAUGUAAAAUACUUGUACUGCAAUUAAAAACCAGAUCAGAAUUAUAUUGGAAAUAUUUUAUGUUAAA